GCGGCGCUCCGGCUUGGAACUUCUGUUCACGGCGCUUCCGCCACGAGGUCUGCAGGACGUGUUUUGAUGGUAUAUGUUGCUUGAAAUCCAAAAGUUCACCCAAGCUUUCACGGAUAUGUUCUAAAAGUUAACUAGAAGAGCUCACUGGGCUUUUUGCGCAAACGGACACGUUUUGGGUUCUAGCUCUGCCAGACGUGCUUUAUUGUAUCUGUUACCAAUUUCUCUGAAGUGUUUAAAAGCUUUUUUCUGAAGAGGACGAUUUUACACAACCACCCAGAAGGAGAUACGAGAGCGCAGUGUCCUCUUUUCGCGAUCUGCGCGGCGGCAUUGCCAGGGCUGCGCUGUCCUCCGCUCAUUCACAGCGCGCUUCUCAAGUUGAGCUGAACUCUUUAACGAGCCCGGCCGAAGACUGCAAGACGUGUGAUUUUAAAGACCACGUCUCACUGUUCCCACUUUUUAAAGACCACGUCUCACUGUUCCCGCUGGGAUCCGGGGUCGUUAUCGCGGGACGAAGCUCUUGUCGCUCAGUGCGCUAACACGCCGCUCGGUCACCGUACGGGGCAAGCACACAUCGCCGGUUCCGGGACGUUUUCCGCACUCUCGUCUUUGGGGGAUUUGAACUGUUGCUCUGUGUGAGCGACCAGGGAACUUCGAACAAAAUGCCACAGUUAUCGGGAGGAGGUGGCGGAGGAGAUCCGGAGCUUUGUGCUACAGACGAGAUGAUUCCGUUCAAAGAUGAAGGAGACCCGCAAAAGGAGCAAAUAUUCGCAGAAAUUAGUCACUCGGAGGAGGAAGGAGACUUAGCGGAAAUCAAGUCGUCUUUGGUCAACGAGACAGAAAUUAGUCCAAACAGCAACAGUCACGACGCAGCUAGACAGUCCCAAAUAGCCCCGGACUCCUACCAUGAAAAACACAGAGAUCACCCAGACGACGGUGACCAAGUUGCAGGAGCUGUACAGUAAAGGCCACCCUACUCUGGCUAUCCCAGUUAUAUCAUGAGCAACAUGAACAACGAGCCCUACAUGAGCAAUGGCUCCCUGUCCCCUUCCAUGCCCAGAACGUCAAACAAGGUUCCCGUGGUGCAGCCAUCUCACGCGGUUCACCCCCUCACACCUCUGAUCACCUACAGCGAUGAGCACUUUGCCCCUGGCCCCCACUCCGGACACCACCCACAGGAUGUCACCUCCAAACAAGGUAUGCCCAGACAUCACUCUGGACCAGAUAUUGCCAACUUUUACUCUCUCUCCCCUGGAGGCGUCAGUCAGAUCACCCCGCCUCUUGGCUGGUUUUCUCACCACAUGGUUCCAGGGCCCCCGGGCCCCCACGCCACAGGUAUUCCCCACCCUGCCAUCGUCAGCCCCCAGGUCAAGCAUGAGCCCCCCCACGAGACGGACCUCCUGCACAUGAAACCUCAGCACGAACAGAGGAAGGAACAGGAACCCAAGAGGCCUCACAUCAAGAAGCCGCUCAACGCCUUCAUGCUGUACAUGAAGGAGAUGCGCGCCAACGUGGUGGCGGAGUGCACGCUGAAGGAGAGCGCUGCCAUCAACCAGAUCCUGGGCCGCAGGUGGCAUGCUUUAUCACGGGAAGAGCAAGCAAAGUAUUAUGAGUUAGCGCGCAAGGAACGGCAGCUGCACAUGCAGUUAUACCCCGGCUGGUCUGCCAGAGACAAUUAUGGAAAGAAGAAGAAAAGGAAGAGGGAGAAACUCCAGGAGUCUGCGUCAGGAGGAAAACGAACGGCUUUCUCCUCGCGCGGAGCAAAGGCAGCAGCUACAGGGCCUCUCUUGGAGAUGGAAGCCUGCUAGAUUCCAUGACCUUUGACCCCUCUGCGACCUCUUGACCCCCGCCAACAUUUUGGAGGGCUCCAGCUCUCGAGCGUGCUCUUCUGCUGUAGAGACACUGAAAACUGAAAACAGACAAUUACUACUUUGCCAAGACCCACCACACACUCAUGCAUACACAGAGAAAUACGCAGCCAACAGUACACACACCUUCAUUUUUUGUUUUUUCAUUUUUGGCUUGUUUGAUUCGUUCUUGUUUGAUUUGUUCUCCCAAAGUCCAAGUUAUUGCACUGAUAUUGUUUCUUCUGGCAAUUUGUAAAGCGCACCAUGCCACCACACACACGCAGAGAGGAGAGCAAACCUUUCGGCCCCGCCCACACCUGUCCCUAAGUUAUUUUUAAGUUAUUUGGCCCCUCCGUUUCCAGUAUGUCCAGUCCAGUGAGUUUUCUCAAGCCCCCACGACGCAGCCCAUCUGGGGCCAGACACCUUUUCAGGAGACUUCUCUUUGCAACAUGGAGGGAUCAUGUGUUGGCUUGAAAACGUGCUCUCAAGACUCCAUUUUAUAUUUUGACCAGUUGGUGCAAAAAAGGAUCAACAUUGAGUUUGCUUUUAUUUUGUAGGUUUAAGUUCAAUUUUGAAUGCUUUUUGUAUUUUAAAUAUUCAUUUCAUCUCUUGGUGUAUAUUUUAAGUGAUUUUAUCUUUA